UGACCUGUGUGGAAGUAAUGUGUACUCUGUCGUCUUCGAUUGUGUCAUUAUGAAAUUAUUUUAUUGUACUUCUCGCCUUAUUAUCUGAUUAAUGCUAAAUUCAUAACCCAUCUCGAACUUUCAUUCUAAUUAGCUGUUUUAAAGUGCUCUCGGAACAAUGUCAUCCCCCAGUGCUGGAAAGCGUCGAAUGGACACAGAUGUCAUCAAGCUUAUUGAAAGCAAACACGAAGUUACAAUUUUAGGUGGACUAAACGAAUUCUGUGUUAAAUUUUAUGGCCCCAGAGGCACACCCUAUGAAGGUGGGAUCUGGAAAGUGCGAGUGCACCUGCCAGAACACUACCCAUUCAAAUCACCGUCAAUUGGCUUUAUGAACAAAGUUUAUCAUCCAAACAUCGAUGAAGUCUCAGGCACCGUCUGUCUAGAUGUAAUCAAUCAAGCAUGGACUGCACUUUAUGAUUUAUCAAAUAUUUUUGAGUCAUUUCUGCCUCAGCUGUUAACGUAUCCUAAUCCAAUUGAUCCAUUGAAUGGAGAUGCUGCAGCAAUGUAUUUACACAAACCAGAUGAAUAUAAGAAGAAAGUGCACGAGUAUGUGCGAAAAUACGCAACAGAGGAAGCGUUGCGUGAGCAAGAGCAUCAAGCUGUAUCAUCAGAUAGUGAAUCAUCAAUGUCAGACUUUAGCGAGGAUGAAGCACAAGACAUGGAAUUAUAACGUAGGAUCCACUCUUUAAAUUUUUGUAGAUAUUUUUGCUUCAUUUUUGUUCACUGUGCUAUAAUACGACGGUCCAUUAUGUGUUCGUGUGUAGAAUGGACUCGGAGUUCAAAAACCAUUUAUUUUUAAGAAUUCAACGCUCCCUGCCCUGGCCAGGGCUGCCAUCUGUUAGGACUUCCCUCAUUAGGAAUCUUGAAUUUACCUGCCUUCCCAGGAGUAGGUCACCUUCUGCCCACUAUCUCGCUCUCUGUCAUAGAACUGGACACUUAGGGAUACAUUUUCUGAUAACAGGAUGAUGUCACAAUAAGAUGAGGGUAGAAGAUGUUCUGUAUGUGUCUUAGAAAGUUGGUGCAUUUAGAAUCAGUGGAGUGCUUAAGUUCUCAUGAAAUACAAGGAAUUUUUGGAGGGUAAUAAAACUUAACUCUUGGACAGAGAAAGUAUUGUUAAUUGUUUAUGAUAGUAGGUAAUAUCAAACAAAGACUACUCACAAGCAAUAUUCUGCUCUUACAAGGUCUGUUCCAUGAAGUAUGCCAAAAUAUUUUUUUCUAAAAGAAAAAAAUGAAUUCUUCUUUUAACAUAAAGAACCUGAAAUUUUCCAUUCCAUCAUUGGCAGCCCUGUCCGUGUCGCUAGUCGUCAUCUACGUUUAGGUUGUUGAAGAAAAGUUAGCCCUUGGUAGUUCCUGAGAAAAGCUGUAGUGGAAGUUACUUUCUUUUAAAUUUAUGUGAGAUCUUUUAUUAUAGAACAAAUUUAGCACAAUGUAUUUUGUAUCGAAGCAUCCCUCUGAAGCGGUUGAUUGAUUUAGAAUUAGUCAUCAACCUGGAGUUACCCUGCAAAUCAGAUGGUGAUGUACUUCAAGAAUUUUUUCCAAUCUUAAGUUAGCAGUUACUUCUCUAGGAAAUCUGUAUCUUUUGGAAUUUUAACUUCAUCACUUCAAAAGCAUCCUGUUUUGCAAUAUUUGGAAAAGAUGGAAGACAUCAGAUUAAUUUUUAAGGGUUCUACAUUUUAGGUAAACAGAAGUCUUUUAUAAAUGACCCCUCUUGUAUCUUGUACCUACAUCAAUAUAUUUGCGCAGAUUCGGAAUGUAUCAUUGAAAUGAAUCUAUUAAUGAUUUAGCAAAAUAUAGGUUUCCUGUUUAUUCUUAAGUAUAUAUGCAGGACCUUCACCAAUAAACAAUAAAAAUAAGAAAGUCUGCAAAGCAGGAUAAAUAUUAGAAUGAGUGCAUAUCUCAGGUUUGUAGGAAAUUAAACUGCUAACAUUUUUUAGCUAGACGAAAUUUUAAGGCUUUGUCAUCUGUAGCUAUCAAGCGCUAAAUUUUCAAACAAAUUCCAUCCUUAUCAUCCAUCAUAUUCAUUCUCCUCACUAUCAUCUUAUUUUGAAUCUAAGUUGUUAUUUCAUUAUCUUAAUCCACCUAUCUGGGUGUCUUUCUGCAUCAGAUUUUUCUACGCAUUAGACGUAGUGCUGUCUUGUACUGUCAUGAGCGAGUGAGAAGUAAUAUGUAAUUAGUCCAUAAUGAUCACUACUGAAAGGCUUUAUGAAUUGUUUGCUAAGAAAAAUUUUCAGUAGUGAAUAAACAGAGUGCUCACAGACUGAUUGUGAAAUAUUUAUUACUUUGUGAAAUUCAGACAAAGGAAAAAAUGCUGAAAUUACGGAAAGAUUUUCGAGUUAUUUUCUUAAGAAACAAAAUCUACCAUCUCAGGAUUCUUGGAUGAAUUUUUCGACUGAAGUCUGAUAGUCUUAGUAUGAUGGAGUAUGAACAAGAUGGUUCAUCAUACUGAGUGCACUUAUAAAUGAACAAAAAAACCCUGCAAAAAUCAUGCAAUGACAUCAUUUCAGGAAAUUUUAUGGAGAAGAGUCUAAGAGUUUUUUGCAGCAAUAAAAGGAAGAAGAAUGAAAAAGUGUUUUGCUGUCGCUGCAUACCAUACGUUAAAUGGUCAGUUUCUGAAAUGCUCUUCGCAUCCUUAAAAACUUGAAAUUUACUCUUAUGAACUCAAUAAAGAAAUUAAAGGUUCAUAAAAUUAGAAUUUUAUUUUUUCCAUGAAGAUUCCAGAGUGAAUCACUACUUUCCUCUUUGCUCGUCAAUAGAAAUGAAAGUUAGAUUACUGUCACUAUGUAUUACAUGGCAUAUGUCAACCAGAAAUUUUUCUCAAAGUAAUAAUAGGACUCUUUAUAUUAUAUUUCUGCCAUAAGUGUAUUCAUUGAGGCAGGUCUUGUCUUAAUGAAGCGAACGGUGUCAAUUCAGGGUAACCUGUCGGAUGGUGGAAAGUUUUUAGCUCUAAAAUCUUUCAUAGACUUUUUGCAAGAGAACGAACAUAGCUUUUCGGUUUUUUAUUCAUUUACCAAAAAACAAAGAAACCAUAAGUGGUAACAUAGAAGGAAACAAAUAUUUUUUGCAUAUCUCCCCAUAACAGUACGGACAUUGUUUCUUAUUCUGUAGAUGCAUUGCACGAAUCUGUAUGCAUAUGGACAGAUCUUUAUGGUUUAAGAUAUAUUUUUAAGAGGUAGUAUUUUUUUAAAUGCGGAUAAAAUAAGACAAAAGAGGUUUUACUCAUUUCUUUCUCUUUUUUUUCAAUUUAAUUAGUUUGUUACAUUCAUAUCACGAUUAAUGCUUUGAGUCUCCGAUUUUUUUCAUUGAUAUUUUUCCUGUUUGACCCUAGUUUUACAGCUCAUAGUUUUAUCAUCAGUGUUGGAAAUGAUAAAUUAUAUUUGUUAAAUAUUUGAGUAACUUCAUUAUCUUCAAAUAGAUUAUUUUAAUUUUGUUUUAUUUCUUUACUUUUGUCGCAGAUCACUAGUCAUGCAGUGGUAUUUUAUAUUACUCAUUUACUUUAUGCUUUUUCCCUUGUUUCUUCUCUCCAUCUGGAACCUGUCUAUUUACCAUUCUUUUCUCAUAGUCCACUCAUCAAAUCUGUCAUCAUUUAUUCUUCCUUUCCAUUUUGGCCUUUUGAUACUUGUAGCUUGAAUUUUUACAAUUGAAGAGCCUUCCAGAAAGAGGACCGACAGCAAAAAAUAGCGUUCAAGAAAAGUGCAGUGGAAGUUUCUGUAAUUACUCUCUGGCCACUACUGGUGACCUACAUCGGAGCUUGGACUCCAAUUUAAGUCACCGUCAGUAGUUGGAAAGUAAUAAUGAGGACUUCAAAUGCAUUUUUCUGAACGCAAUUUUUUGAUGUGGGGCCUUUUUCCGGAAAGCUCCUCAAUUUGAACAGUGCAAAGCCAAAUUAUGAAGGACUUGCCAUUCCUGAAGUUACAGGAAAAUAAACUUUCAGUCCCGUACUCAACUCUCAAAAGUAAAGAAGAGGUAAAAAAGCUAAUGCUAGUAAUAAUGUUGGUACUAUUGAAGAUGUAAAGCCAGUGACCUUAAGAAUUUUAAGGUUCUCUGAAGUUACGCUCUGUAACUUUAUUUACUAUCCAGGCUAUAGGAGACAUUUUUCAUUGUAUUUCCUUUUUUGGUUUCUUCAUGCUCAGUCAGUAAUUUGAAAACCUAUAGUCUAUUUAUAUUUAUGUCUUUGUUUCAACUUUUAAUUUACCCAUUAUGCCCUCUCUUUAAUUGGCUUACAUUUUGAGGGAAAACGCAAACUUUUCUGUGUCCACUGACAAUAUGAAAAGAGAGACCAAAAUAAUUAAACUCUGUCCAUUAAAAGCAAGUUCCCUAGAACUUCCUCACAGUAAAUCUUCAUUUAAAAUAAUAAGAGAUUGAAGAACAAACGGAGGUACCUAUUCAAUGAUUUAUAUGGUUCAUCGGAGUUAAUUAAAAACCUUUUAAAAUUAUUUCAAAUUCAGAAUUUCCUAAAAAAAGAAAAACCGACUCUCACUGCACUGUUUACAGGGAUUCCACGAGUUAGAAAGUGUGAAAUAAUUGAAAUUGUGGCUUUAUGUUGUUUUUAGCAUGUGUUGUGAAAGAAAUAUUCCUCUUAAAAAUGUAAUUAUCCUCUCAAGACGACUAUUCCAUCAAUUUUUUAUUUAUAUCAAUUCAAAUAUUCCUUAGCUUCACAAAAAAACAAAAACUCCAAAAACUUCCUCCUCAACCAUUUGCUUUCAAGUAUCGAUAUGAAUUGAGGAAUGCCUAAUUUAUAAACUCUGUUCUGACUUUAAAUGAAAAAAAAAACCCACUUAUCAAGCUCAUCUUAAAGGAUAUUUGUCUGCUAUUAAAAGGUAACUUGACUGUGGAUUUCUCUUUUCAUCAUAAGAAAAUUUUAUCUCAAGGGAACUAGUGUGUAUUAUUCUAACUUGUCACUCGCCUUCCCUUUGCCUCUCAAUAAUUUGUCUAUUUCUCUCUGUCUUAGAGUUGAAAACUUCUCAAGUAUUUCUAUCUUUUUCACUCAUUUCUUUAAUCAGAGCAAACUUCGAAACAAUUUUGAGCAAGCAGAUGGAGACAGGCUGAUAUAUUUUUUUCUUUUUCUUUUUCUUUUUCUUUUUCUUUUUCUUUUUCUUUUGAUCUCUCUUUUAAGUUUUAGAAUCAACAUUCAGAAUGAAGUCGGCGGCUCAUUCGAGAAUGUUGGAAUGUGAUAUUAUUAUAAAUUUCCAACAUUGAUUUUUGAAUCCUCUCCUCUCUUGCCCUCCUUUUUGGAUGCACAAUCACCAAAUUGAACCCCAAAA